AGCCUUGUGCUCUUCUGUAGGUGUCAUGUGGCCUGUGCUUUGGACCGUGGUGCGCACCUAUGCUCCCUAUGUCACAUUUCCUGUGGCCUUUGUGGUUGGGGCCGUGGGUUACCACCUGGAAUGGUUCAUCCGGGGAAAGGACCCCCAGCCCAUGGAGGAGGAGAAGAGCAUCUCUGAGCGUCGGGAGGACCGCAAGCUGGAUGAACUGCUAGGCAAGGACCACACCCAGGUGGUGAGCCUUAAGGACAAACUGGAAUUUGCUCCUAAAGCUGUCCUGAACAGAAACCGCCCGGAGAAGAACUAAUGGAGGACACAGAGCCCCCUGGGUUCUUCUGUGGGCCACGGCUGGCCCUUCCACUGUGUCUACCCGGCCCCAGAACCCACAUGUGAUUUGCUCAGUUGCUUCUUCCGGCCCCUCCCGCACC